AUGGCAUUCUAUGCUCUCCAGGAGGCGGUGAAAUCGGGAAGGAGGGACCUGGUGCUCUACCAGCUCCUGAAAGCGCCUGCAGCAGCUAAGGAAGCUGACUGCAACGGAACAACAUGUGUUAUUUUGGCGGCCAAAUUAAACAAUGAGGCAAUUCUUAGAGAACUGCUUUCACACGGCGGAGACCCUGAAGCGGCUGAAGCCUUCCAAAUUGGGGCAAACACUGCAUUGCACUUUGCUGCGCGAAACAAAAAUGAGGAAAUGAUUGCGUGCCUCUUGUCCUUCGGGGCGUCUCCCAACCGACAAAACGCAGUUGGACAAACCCCUCUACAUAUUGCGGCUCGGUUCGGGUGCAAAGGAGCAGUUGAACAGAUGAUGGCUGUGGGAGCCAAUCCAGAAAUUCUCGACCAGGGUGGAUUGGAUGCGGCAUACUGGGCAGAACACGGGAAAUACAGCGACCUCGCACAAUUGCUACCACCAUCCAAAAGUUUGUCAAGUAAGGAAUUGGCAAUAUUUCAGCUGCUGUGCAUGGAACAACUUAACCUCACCAUGAAGAUGCCCCCAAAGAAAAAAGCCAAGGGAAAAGGAAAGAGGCGCUGUAAGUGGCACACAAAUAUGGGGAUACGUUUCACAUGA